GGGCCGCUCCCGGUCGUCAUGGAAACGAAGGCAGCCAAUCAGCGCGGCGGCUUGCAAGCUCGCUCUGCUGGGUUCCUACCGCGCGCUGGGGGCUGCCCCGCGGACCGCGAUGCUGAAGGCCAAGAUCCUCUUCGUGGGGCCCUGUGAGAGUGGAAAAACCGUUUUGGCCAACUUUCUGACGGAAUCUUCUGACAUCACUGAAUACAACCCCACACAGGGAGUAAGGAUCCUGGAAUUUGAGAACCCACAUGUUACCAGCAACAACAAAAGUGCGAGGUGUGAGUUCGAGCUCUGGGACUGUGGCGGUGAUUCUAAGUUCGAGUCCUGCUGGCCGGCCCUGAUGAAGGACGCCCACGGGGUGGUGAUUGUCUUCAACGCUGACAUGCCGAGCCACCUGAAGGAGAUCGAGAUGUGGUACUCCUGCUUUGUCCACCAGCAGCUCCUACAGGACACCCAGUGCCUGCUGAUUGCACAUCACAAACCGGGCUCGGGAGGAGACACGGGGAGCCCGUCUUUGUCGCCACCCUUGAGCAAGCUGAAGCUGGUGCACUCCAAUCUUGAGGAGGACCCUGAGGAGAUCCGAAUGGAAUUCACAAAGUAUUUAAAAAGCGUCGUCAACUCAGUGUCUGAGAGCAGAGACAGGGAGGAGAUGUUGAUCAUUACCUAGCCGCCUCGCCUGGGACCUCCAUCUCCCAAAUGACAUCAGCUGUUUCCUCGUCCAGAACUCAAACUUUAUCCAGCUACUGAUGCUCUCUUCUCCUUGUGACUAGAGAAGAAAUUUUCCUCGUCUGUUACAAGGUACGAUUCAGCCAGAAUUGACUCAGAACAUCCAUCCUCCAUCCUUAGGUCAGUGGGGAAAAUUCUAUGUCUGAAUUCUGCUUCCCUAGCCCCAGACCUUUCCAAAGAGCUGGAAAAUUAAACUGGGAAACUUCACAUAUGUAAAGUUAUAAAAACUGUGGAAUUGUAACUGUCACAGUUUCGUCCAUGAGUCUCAGUUCAAUUGUGAUUUUUAUUCCUUGAUUCACUCAACAAAUUCCAACUAGCUGAGCAUCUACUAUGUAUAAGGUGCUAUUCUGGCUGCUGCUGAAGUACAGCAUGAUAGAGCACAAAAUUCCUUGCCCUUGUGGAGGUUAAAUUCGAUUUUUCUAAACAGGUAGAUCAAAAACAUAAGUACUACAUUUUAGAUAAGAAGGGAAAAAAGGCAGACUCUUUAUUUUCUGUAGUGGGUAUUAAUUUCACAGGCUCCCACCCCACAGCUAAUGAGAGGACCUGGGUUACUUAUGAUAUCAAACAGGGGUGUGGUUGUCUUUGAUCGUGGGUUCUGUAUUCAAGAAUUCCCCUGUUCAUUAAAAUUUAUUUGCAACCCCUAAAUCAAAACUUGGGAUGCUCUCUCCAUUGUUUGGGACACACAUAAUGUGGCCUAAAAUUUGAAUCGCUGCAGCACAUGACUGUUCCCAGCUGAGGUUACUCCAGGGUUCAAGGGACGCUCCCGCUCUCUUCUCUUGGCUCUCGUAAUGUGUCCUUUUCGUGGUCGAUGUAGGGACAUGUUCUCACAAUUUUCGAGCUUUUUGUUGGUGAUUUCACUUUUGAAAUGGCCCCAAGCUCAGUGCUAAAGUGUCAUCUAGUGUUCCUAGAUUCAGGAAAGCUGUGGCAUUUCUCAGGGAGAGAACACGUGGGUUAGACAGUCCCUUUAGCAUGAGUUACAGUGCUGUUGAAUUCAAUGUUAAUGAACCAACAAUAUGUUAAAUAAAGUAUCUUUAAAACACA